CAGCUUGAUCCAUCAGUUUACUUUAGGGCGUUCGAUCGAGAGGAAGACAGCAUCGAAGCGGCCGAGUUGCGUCGCGUCGCACGCAUAGUGUCCUUUUUAGCAGUCUGAGAGCGCGUUUUUUUUGUUUGCAAGUGAACACAAACUAUCAGUAGCGGGCUAAUUGGAGUGAGUUUAUUGAUCGAUUAGGGCAAUUAUCGAUUGAAAGUGAUCAUGGAAUGUCCAACAAUGUCAGUGCUGUAUUUAACCUUGUUCCUGGGAUGCUUUGCGUUGUUUGCGAACCAGAGAGCACCAAUAGUGGCUAGUGUCGAUCAGCAAAUGUUGUCCAGACUCGAAUCAAUAGGAUCCAUUCAGCAUUUACAGGAAGCUGUGAAAUACGGUGAGGAUGUGAUCGCCAAAAGCGAACGGAUGGAAAACAUGAUUGCGGGUUCUAGAGUGAAGGUGACCGAGGGAAGUAUUUCCCAUGCGCAAAUAAUCGAUGGCCAUUCGACGGUGGGCACACAGAAGCAGGAUUAUAUCGCGCGAACUGUACUCAAGGCCACAUCACACAUCGUAAAUAGUUAUUGCAAACCACAGGGGAUAUCAUCGUAUGACUGUGGGUUGUACUUGUCCACGAAGAUCAUACCUCAAAGCAAAUUGUUGGAAAAAUGUACAAAAAUAGUGAGCGGUAAAAGCUUCAACGACGAGUAUCGUCGUUUAUUACCGGCCAGUUACCAUGAUGGGAUCUAUCAAUUCCGUAAAAGUGUCACAGGUGGCGAUUUACCGCACCCAAGAAAUGUAUCCAGCAAAUUUCAUGCGUCCCUUGCGGAUGGGAGAAAGGACAGUCUACACAGUGUCGCUUUGGUCCAGUGGACGCAAUAUAUCGAGCACGAUCUAGCCAAAACUACGGUCCAAACCAUGCACGAUGGAACGGACAUCGAGUGUUGCACUGACGAACACAAUACGGUUCUGCCAAGAUAUCUCCACCCGUCUUGCAAACCAUUAUACAUCGCCGAAAAUGAUCCUCAUUACCGACAUCGCCAUGUGACCUGUCUCAACUAUGUGCGUAGUGCAUUGUCACUUGGUGACCGGUGCAAUCUGGGACCGGCCAACCAGCUGAACCAAGCUACAAAUCGACUUGACCUUUCGCAGCUGUAUGGAAACCAUGAAAGUGACAAGGCCUUUCUGCGAACCAAAAGUGGAGGCAAGCUUAAAUCGCAACAGUUUGAUUCAAGCGAAUAUCUCAUGGAAAACAUCGACAAGAAGCUUUGCGUUGCACACGCCACCCUCGAUAGUACCUGCUACGUUUCCGGAGAUUCUCGCGUUAACGUGAACCCGUACGUAACGCUUCUUCACACCCUAUUUCUACGAUCGCAUAAUCGAAUCGCCAAACGGCUGGCUCUCGAUAAUCCCAGAUGGAACGAUGAGCGUCUCUUCGAAAUGGCCCGAAAGGUCAACAUUCAAAUAUACCGAAAGAUCGUCCGUGAUUGGUUGCAGGAGAUUCUGGGCGCCCCGGUUGACAUCGGUCGUAUCGGAAUCAAGGAACGCCGUGUCAGUAACGAGUUUGCGACGGCAGCUAUUCGUUUCUACAACACAAUGAUGCCGGGGGAGAUUUCCAACGUUGCCACUUCCGGUAAGCAUUCGGCGUUGAAUCUAGACGACACGUACUACAAACCGAAGGAUCUCCGCAAGAGGGAAUAUUUUGCCCAUCUACUCAGCUCUGUUCUGCAGCAAAACGCAAUGUCACUGGACACUAGCUACGUGGACGGCAUGGCGCAGCUUUUGUUCAAGACCAAAAACAUCGGCACCGACGUCCUUGCGCUGGACAUUCAGCGAGGUCGCGAUCAUGGUCUCAGCAGUUACGUAAACUACUACAAACUCUGCACCGGGCAGACGGUUCAAUCAUGGGACGACCUCUCGAAAAUAAUCGACCGAGCAGACCUCGCGACGCUGAAAUCGGCGUACGGCUCAGUGCAAGAUGUUGAUCUCAUAGUCGGGGCAAUAGCGGAGAAACCUGCCCGAAGCCCGGAAGCAAUUGUGGGACCCACUCUCGCAUGCAUCAUUCAAGACCAGUUAUCGUACUCACUUGGAGAGGACAACCAUCAGCAUCAUUCGAUCGAUAAAAUACUAGCCAAUUAUAGUGCGGCACGCUUCGUCUGCGAUACCGCGCCGGUGGCACAGGUGCAGCAAAAUAUAUUCCGCCUGCCGGCGGUCGAUAACCCGCUUGUACGUUGCGCUCAGUUUGCAUCUCUGGACCUGACGCCCCUGCGGAAAGAACAUUAGUGCUACCACGAUCAAUACGUAAAUAAACGAGCCAUUAAAAGACAUAAAAAGUUUCUUUCCAUUCGAACAUUCAACAGUGAUGACUGCGCGGAGCUCAGAUUUGUUUUCCCGGAAAAACCGGCGGCGGCGGCUAUGAGGCCAGAAAGCGAGCACUUCUCAGCAGCCAGCAAAAGCAGUUUAUACUAGAAUAAGCAUACACAUGCAAGAUGACUGUUGCUUCUGUUUACAGGACUCACGUAUAGAAAGCAGCCAAAGAACGUGCCUGUGACAUGAAUUAGUGAUAGCUGAAUUCAUUAUAUUUAUUUCCUUUUCAAUAAAAAUCCAGUUUGGUGUUUACCAAUACGUUCAUCAA